UUCCCAUAAGUGUUUUUCUUAUGCAUUUUAGCCUUAGGUAAAACAAAAUGAAAAUGUUAUCAAUAAUCUUUCUUACUACUCUUACUUUCAUUUACAAUACUGCCUAUUAGCAUUGUUUGUGAAACUGUAAAUCUGUAAUAGAGAUUUUGACAGGUCCGUGUAAUUAUAUUUUAUGAUAAUAUUAUUUUCAUUACAUUGUAUUGAUUAUAUAAUUCUUUGGUAACAAUUGUGUUUGAUUUUUAAUGAAAUGGUACAUUAUUAACAAAAUAAAAUAUUGCACAAUACCAAUGUACCUAAUACUACUUAACCUCUUAUAAUUCGGUUGUAUUCAAUGCAGUCAAAAUCACAUUUUAAGUAUUCAAUGCAGUCAAAAUCGCAUUUUAAAAAUUAAAAGCUUACGCUUUUACCUUUUAAGUCACCAACACUUUUAACGGCAUUGGUUGUAUUAUCAUGUGAUAGCACAAACCAUGCUAUUGAUUAUUGAAACACUAUGUAAGAAAAAAUAUUAACAACAAUUACUGACGAGCCCAAAACGCCAAAACCAGAAGCCCACCGGGCCAGUCUCUCUUCGGGGCCCAAACUGAAACAGCCCAAAAAAAAUUUCCGUACCCAAAAAAAAAAAAAAAAAAACUCGGAGUCGUCGUCGUCGUCCCCAAUUGUCACCCCUCGUGCCCACGCGUGCUACCUACCUGGAAGAUAGAAAAGUAGAGAAAAUCCUUCAUUCCUUCUUCCUUCUCCGUCGACUCCUUCAAUUCUCUCUCUCUCUCUCUGCCAGCCAAGUCACCAGUCUCCCCGUUCCCCCACUCCAUUUCCUUCUUCUUCUUCCCCAAUCUCCCACCUUCAACCUUUGUAUCAACCGCCAUCGAAAUCCCCUACAGCAAUGGAGAACUCGGGGCAAGAAUCCAACCUCACAUCGGAAACCUCCGCCACCUACAAUUCCCCAUACCCACUCUACUCCCUGGCCUUCUCCCCAACCCACCGCCACCGAAUCGCCGCCGGCAGCUUCAUCGAGGACUACACGAACCGGGUCGACAUCCUCUCCUUCGACCCGGAUUCCCUCUCCAUAACCCCAAACCCUACCCUCUCCUUCGACCACCCGUACCCGCCCACAAAGCUCAUGUUCCACCCCUCCCCUCCCUCCUCCGGCGGCGACAUCCUCGCCUCCUCCGGCGACUACCUCCGCCUCUGGGACCUCCGCGACGACGACGGCGGCUCCGUCGAGCCCAUCUCCGUCCUCAACAACAGCAAGACCAGCGAGUUCUGCGCCCCACUCACCUCCUUCGAUUGGAACGAGAUCGAGCCCAAGCGAAUCGGCACUUCAUCAAUCGACACCACCUGCACGAUUUGGGACAUCGAGAAAUCGGUAGUGGAGACGCAGCUGAUUGCGCACGAUAAGGAGGUGUACGACAUCGCCUGGGGGGAAGCCAGGGUGUUCUCUUCGGUUUCCGCUGAUGGGUCGGUAAGGAUUUUCGAUUUGAGGGAUAAAGAGCAUUCCACCAUUAUCUAUGAGAACCCGCAGCCUGAUACACCUCUGCUUAGGCUAGCUUGGAACAAACAGGAUCUUAGGUACAUGGCCACGAUUCUGAUGGAUAGUAACAAGGUUGUGAUACUUGAUAUUCGAUCGCCGACCAUGCCGGUUGCUGAAUUGGAGAGGCACCAGGGGUGUGUGAAUGCCAUUGCUUGGGCUCCGCAGAGCAGUAAGCACAUUUGCUCCGGUGGGGAUGACUCGCUGGCUCUCAUUUGGGAGCUGCCGACGGUGGCUGGGCCGAAUGGGAUCGAUCCCAUGUCGAUGUAUUCUGCUGGUUCGGAGAUUAACCAGCUGCAGUGGUCUUCCGCGCAGCCCGAUUGGAUUGCUGUUGCAUUUGCUAACAAAAUGCAGCUCCUGAAAGUUUGAGAGUGUUCCGUUGAUCGUGAAUGGGUGGUGGUUGUUGCAUUGGUAUUUGGUACUCUACUAGAAUCUGGAGUUAAGAGGGGUGGAUACCAUAGCUGUAGUUACAGCUCCUGAAAGUUUGAGAGUGUUCUGUCGAUCAUGAAUGGAUGGUGAUGGUUGCAUUGGUAUAUACAUUUGCUGUAGUUGUCUUAAGCAUUGAAUUGAGUAUCGUUGGAGGGGCUCUACCCGCUGUAAUAGCUUUCUGGAUAGUCUAGUCACUCAAGCUAUCGCUGUUUCAGCCGCGAUUGUAAGGCAUGAUCUUACUGAUGUUUAGCAUUUCUGGUUGCUGGAAUCUAGUUCAGUGUCUGUAGGUUCUUAUUCGGGAGCAAGUUGUGGCUGUGGCUCAAGAGUGAUUGAUUAUGGGACUACAUACCAUAUCAUUGAUUUGAUGAUCGAAAAUACCAAUGUCAGAUGUUGUUUUCAUGUCUGUCACUACUGCUGUAAUGUAAAAUAGAUGAACUACAAGAACUAUGUAUUUUGCAGGGCAGUCCCCAAGAAUUUAUGCAGAGUCGUAAUACGAUAUCUUGUUUGCAAAAGAAAAUUGCGGUGCAUUC